AUGGUGGAUUUUCCAGGAUACAGUCUGUCUGGUGUGGUUGCCUCUUUCUUCUUCGUACUGUUCACCAUGAGGCAGCCAGAUAGCUGGAGAGUGAUUGGUCCUGCACAUCCUAUACUGGCUAGGAUUGGGGAAGAUGCUCUACUCACCUGUCAAAUCCUUCCCAAGGGGGCCAUGAUGCCCACAAAGAUGACAUGGUACCGUUCAGAUCCCAACACAGUUGUGUUUGCACAGUGGGAUGGAGCUGAUGUGACUGAGAUGCAAAUGGAGGAGUACAGAGAAAGGGUAGAGUGGAUAAAGGAUGAUGUUCCUGAGGGAAGUGUGACUCUGAAGAUAAACAACAUUCGACCAUCUGAUAAUGGGCAAUACUGGUGCUGCUUCCAAGAGAAGAACUAUUAUGAAGAAACAAGCUUGUUGCUUGAAGUAGCAGGUGUGGGAUCUUCCCCUUACAUCCACAUGGAGGGACCUAUAGAAAGUGGAGUCCAGCUUGUGUGCACUGCAAAAGGCUGGUUCCCAGAGCCCCAGGUCUAUUGGGAAGAUGCCACAGGAAAGAAGUUGCUGUCUGUCUCUGAGCAUUCCAUCCAAGAUGAGAACGGCCUGUUCUAUGUGGAAGCCACUCUUGUGGUGAGGAAUGCCUCUUUGGAGACCGUGUCCUGCUUCAUCCACAACCCUAUCCUCAAUGAGGAGAAGAGCUCAGUCAUCUCCAUUCCAGAGAAACUCCAGAAUGAGCUAGCUUCCUUAAAAGUGAUUGGACCUUCCCAGCCCAUCCUUGUCAGAGUGGGAGAAGACAUACAACUAACCUGUUGUCUGUCCCCCAAGACUAAUGCACAAAGCAUGGAGGUGAGGUGGCUCCAAUCACACCAUUAUCCUGCUGUUUAUGUGUAUGCGGAUGGGGAACAUGUGACUGAAGAGCAGAUGACAGAAUAUAGAGGGAGGACAGCCUUGGUGAGUGAUGCCAUCAAUGAGGGGAGACUGACCCUGCAGAUACACAACGCCACAACGUCAGAUAAUGGGCAGUACCGGUGCCGUUUUGAAAAAGAUGGUGUCUACCAGGAGGCCAGUUUGGAUCUGAAGAUAGUAGGUCUAGGUUCUUCCCCGCUGAUUACCAUAAUAGGACAGAAGGAUGGAGAAAUAGAGUUGAUGUGCAGUUCAGAAGGGUGGUUCCCACAGCCCCAUGUGCAGUGGAAGGACAUGGAAGCAAAGAUAAUACCAUCAUUUUCAGAGGUUCUGACUCAAGGAAGUCAUGGGCUUUUCCAUGUGAAGACAUCUCUAUUGGUCACAAACAGCUUUAUUGUGAAUGUAACCUGCUCCAUUAGCAACCCCCUUCUUGGUGAGGAGAAAAUGGCAACUUUUUCUCUCUCAGAGUCCAUGAUGACUUUUUCAUGGAAGACAGUGCUUAUUUGUGGAUUGCUUCUUGCUGCAGCUGUAGGCCUGGUCAUGAGGAAGAGCUAUAAAAAAGCUGCUUGAAAGGUUUCACACCAUCGUCAAGCUACCAAAUCAAGAUGCUUUAAUGUCAGUCUGGCUUCAAAUCUGAUCUGGAGACUGAUCCUUCAGAGAACUAUCCUCUCCCAAGCUGUCUGAUAUCCUGCCACUCAUCACAACCUGAUAUGUGAUGACCAAAGAUUCUUAGAAAAUCCAAAGGGAAAUGCAAUUAGGCCUAUAGGAGGAAAUGCAAGGAAUUAUUAUUUGAUAUGUUUCUUUACGAAGGUGACAAUUUUCCAAGUGGGGCUAAGUAAAUGAAAAAUACUGUUGAAAAGAGUAAGAGAAAAUACAGCUAAAUGGAAAGAGAAAAAUAUGAUAACUGAGAUAUAAUCUUGAAUAUCAUAUGAAAUGUGGAAUUCCUGUUCCAGACUUUUUCAAAAAGUUAAUAGAGAACUUGGAGUGAAAAAAUUUUUCAGAAAU